AGCUGCGCAGCAGCAGCUCAGGAGUCAGGAGUUCACCCCUUCGCCUACCAACCAAGCUCCAACAAGUCGCCCACCACCAAACGAAACCCCCCAAGACAAGCCGCCAGCGCUCAACCUCCCAAUCCGGAGAUCUCCCGGUCUAUCGCCCCACGGUCGCCGGGCAAUGGCGACCGACGCGAUCCUGGAGACGAUCAAGCCGCGGCGGAGCGAGGACGAGCAGCUCCCGGUGACCGCCGCCGCGGCCGCGGGCGGUGCCGGCGCCGGAGCCCGCGGCGGCGCCGGGCUGCGCCGCCGCAUGUCGUCCCUCUCGGUGCGCUUCAGGCCGUCGCUGUCGUCGUCGGCGCCGUUCCGGCGCGCGCGGUCGAUGCCGUCCGUGAAGGCGCUGGCGGCGGCGGGCGCGCUGCGGCGGUGGUGGGAGUGGGGGCUCGGGUGGGUGAUGGCGCGGCGCCCGCCGUUCGCGCGCGGGCUGGGGAUGAGCGACGACGAGGCCGCGGCGCUGGGCGGGUGCCACUGCCGCGGCACGUGGCGGCACGUCCUCUACAAGGUGCGCGCCGGGGCGCGGCGCCUGCUGGGCCGCGACGGCCGGCCGCUCAAGGCCGCCGCACCGCAGGGCUUCAGGUACGACUCCGACAGCUACGCGCAGAACUUCGACGACGGUGAGGCCUGAUCGCCGGAGGAGAUCGACCCAUUGGUGGGGGGGGGGGGGGGGGUGCACCUCUGACCUCACCCCCCACGCCGUCGUUACGAACUUGCUCCAGUCCGUCGGCGCGGCAUUGCUUGUUGUAAGCUGCAAUAAAGCAACUGAUUUUGUGGUAUAUAUAUAAACGGAACCUGUCUAUGAUAUAGUAUGCCUUGUAUGAAGGCAUGGGUCGAUCUGGAAGAAAGAUGAUCGAUCGAUUGUUCGUUCGUUGCUGCAACUGCAAGAUGCAAUGCCCUUCCGUUCU